GGGGAAGAGGACGAAAGGAGACGUCGAUGUCUCUUUCGGGCGAGUGUUGCUAUUCUUUGCGCGAUGAUGCUGGAGAGGGAACAAGAAGAUGGCGUCGUCGAGAAGAAGGGAUCUUCUUCGGCCCGGAACGAGCUUCCCGAGUUGCCCCCAUACAACGGCUUUCAAAAUAUUGAGCCGCGAAAUGAGAAGAUCGACGGAGCACGCGCCUGUGAAGCCACCACGUCAAGAACUGUAAUCACGUUUCGGACAGGCCUCGAAUAUGCGUCCAGGAUUGGAGAUGCAAGGGGUUCUCGAUCUUUGAGCCUCACAUGCGACGAUCCUCCCUACGAAGACAACACCCGGUAUACUAACCAACAGGUACAUCAACAACCAUGAGUGUCCGCGUAGUGGCUCGCAUUCGGCCGCUGCUGAAGGCGGAGGAGGACAAAGACAUCAUCGUGGAGGCCGCCGGAGACAACAAGAAUGUUGUCAAGAUUCCCAAUCCGAAGAGCGACUCCGAGCAUUUCUCCUUCCAGUUCAGCAGUGUCUAUGGCCAGACCGCGACGCAAGCAGAUCUAUUCGACAGCGAGGUUGCGCCUACAGUAAAGCACCUCUUCAAAGGCUUCGAUGUCACACUAUUCGCGUACGGAGUCACCGGGACCGGCAAAACACACACGAUGCGAGGAGGCAAGAGUUUGGCAGAACGAGGUGUCAUUCCGCGGUUACUAUCGAGCAUAUAUCGGCGCGCGAGAAAGAUUGAAAAGGACACGGCAGGAGAGUCGAAAGUGGAGGUGGUCAUGAGCUAUUACGAGAUCUACAACGACAGAGUCUUCGACCUAUUCGAGCCACCGGAAAAGCGCACGCCUGCUGGACUACCGAUUCGGGACAAUCAAUCAGGAAAGGCAAUCGUGGUGGGCUUGACGGAGAGACCAUGCACGAGCUUGAAGGACUUUGAACAAAUGUACGACCAGGCGAACGUCAACCGCUCCACGUCGGCGACGAAGCUGAACGCGCACUCCUCCCGUUCGCACGCGGUCUUGUGCGUGAAAGUAACGCAGACCACCGGCGACCAGGUGCAAGUCAGCACUGCUUCUGCCAUUGAUCUUGCGGGCUCGGAAGAUAAUCGCCGUACGGACAACAACAAGGAACGCCUGGUGGAGAGCGCGAGCAUCAACAAGUCUCUCUUCGUGCUCGCCUCCUGCGUAGAAGCCAUCUCUCGGAAGGCCACACGCAUUCCUUAUCGCGAGUCAAAGAUGACUCGAAUUCUUGCGCUUGGACAAAACAACGGUCUCACGAUCAUGAUCCUGAACCUGGCUCCGGUGCGAUCUUACCAUCUGGACACGCUAAGCAGUCUCAACUUUGCCAACCGCACGAAGAAGAUCGAAGUCAACGAGAUUGAGAACAUACCAUUCUUCCGCGAUCCUCUACCUGGCAAGCCAAAGGCCGAUAUGUCCAUGCCAGCUCCUUCCAUGAAUCGCCAACCACUCCGCUCAAAAGUCCUUUCGCAAACAUCACAUCUCAAGGAUGUCACGACCACAGUCCCGAAACCUACGAAGCAAUUCGCCGUCUUCUCCGACGCCACCAAGCCCAGCGCGAAAGCUAGACCUGCCCAUCUCGCCAAUACCUCGUCCGCCCGAUUGGCUCCCCAGUCCGUCAAGUCACCAAAACGAACCAGUUCAGAGGCAUCAAUGUCGACUCUUGCCCGUCCUUCCAAGCGACCGGCAGUCUCCGCUGUCCACGCAGGAAUGUCACAGGACGCGAUUGAACGUCUAAUCGAGCAGAAAGUGUCCGAAGCCUUAUCGAAUCACAUCACUUCCACCGCCGCCACCAAGGCCGCUGCUACGGAGGUCGAGCGAGCACCUGUAGAGUCGAAUUUGAUAUCCGUGGAGGUCCAACGGAGGCUUGAUGCAUUGGAGAAGAGAGUAGAGGGCCAGGAAUCUGAAAGGGCGGAAGGACUGCAAUUACUGCUGCAAGCGAAACAGAUGCAAGCCAAUGGCGAGAAGAGAAACGCAUUGGAGAUGUUCGAACGUGCUGAGAGAGACUUCUUUCCCGGGAACGAAAAGCUGAGCAAGAGGAUCGGCAGACUGAGAGACAGCAUUGAGGGCAGACCGGCAAAAGCAACAGUAUCGAGGAAAGGGCAGCGGGACGUACAGGAGGACGAGGACCACAGCUACCACGCCGAGGAAGAGGACGAUGAAGAAGACUACGACGACAAGCGCGCCGCCAUCUCUCGACCUCGGACGAAGAUUCGACGACCGCAGCCAUUCCAGCCUACCAGCGCCGCGACCCGUCCGAUCAAAUCUUCGUAUGGAACGGAAGACUCUUCCUACGACGAGCUAAACGCCCCAUCCUCAAAUGAGUCUCAAACACCGCGGACUCGGCACUUGUUGCAAAUCAUAAACUCCAGAGACAUCAACAAGAUCCAGCUUUUGAAAGGUGUGGGCAGAAAGAAAGCGGAGAAGAUUGUCGAGUGCCUUUGCGAACUGGACUUGGACGCUGAGACUGGAGAGGAUGGCGGGUCGGAUGAUGAGGAUGGUGGAAGGAAGAUGUUGGUCGUUGUGAGGACGUUGGAGGAGUUGGGAGACUUGAAAGGAAUGGGGAGGAAAGGGGUUGAAGGCAUGAGGGCUGGAGUUUUGGCUUGA